AUGGACGACGACCUCGUGCUUAAUCUUGCAGUCGACGACGGAGCAACGGGCAGGUCGAAAUCUGCGGUAAAGAAGGGUGGAAGAUGGACGGAUAGGUUAAAAGCGAAACGAGGCGCAAAACGGAAAGCUAGACCGGACGAAAAGACGCAAGGACAGCCCAGGACUGCUGCCGACGACGGGCGGCCACCUCCAGCAAAGAAAGCGCGAAAAGAGCCUGCACCGAACCGAGACGCUGCCCCCGCAAAGGCGGACCAGUCAAAGUCCGCUCCUCGACAACAAACCCAGUUCAUAUCCUCGCUGUUCACCUCAAACCCAAAAGUCCAAGUCCCCAAAGCCGAGCAUGCAUCGAAAGGCCCCUCACAGCCUAGCAACGCGCCCCUCGACUCCUCCACCUUCUCCGGCCUCGGCCUCGACCCCCUCAUCGUCGCGCACCUCACCGGCAAGCUCAAAAUCUCCAGGCCCACCUCCAUCCAAAAAGCCGCGCUCCCUGCGCUGCUCGGCACCGCGAACCCGAGCACGCUCGCGCGCGACGUCUUCAUCCAGGCGCAGACCGGCUCCGGCAAGACGCUCGCCUUCCUCCUGCCCAUCAUCCAGGACCUCCUCCCGCUCAGCGCGCUCUCGUGGAUCGACCGCUCCGUCGGCACGCUUGCGGUCAUCAUCGCCCCCACGCGUGAGCUCGCGAAGCAGAUCUCGGACGUCCUUGAAACCCUCUUGAAACUGCGGCUUCGCGCAGAAGACGAGGGCGAGGACUCCUCGUCGGUGCGCAUGACCCGCUGGCUCGUAUCUGGUCUGCUUACGGGCGGGAGCACCCGCGCGCACGAGAAGGCGCGCCUGCGCAAGGGCGUGCCGAUCCUCGUCUCGACUCCUGGUCGACUGCUCGACCACUUGCAGAACACCUCUUCCUUCAAUGUCGGUAAAUGCAGAUGGCUCGUUCUCGACGAAGCUGACCGGCUUAUGGAACUCGGAUUCGAAGAGACCAUCAAGGGCAUCGUUAAAGGACUGGACGGCCGGAGGGGGCUCGCCUUGCAGGCGGUCCAGGAAGGCAAGAGCCUGGAGGCGGGAGGAUGGGACUGGGAGCGGCGCAGACGGACAGUUCUGUGUUCCGCGACCAUUCGGGAGGACGUGCAAAAGCUCGCCGGCACGACGCUCGCCAACCCACUCGUUGUCAAACCCACGGAAUCCGACCUGCCCGCGGAGGAACAGCUCCACGCGAGCCUGGACGGUAUAGUGUCUAAGAGUGCCGAGAAGUUCACCCCGCCUUCGCAGCUGUCUCAGAAAUACGUCGUCGUCCCGCUGAAGUUACGCCUGGUCACGCUGAUCGCGCUGUUGCGCCAACUGCUCAGCCAAGCUCAGAAAUCCCGGCAGUGCAAAAUCAUCGUGUUCCUCAGUUGCACGGACUCGGUCGAUUUUCACUGGAGACUCUUGGGCGAUGCCGCCAUGGACGAGGAAGAAGACCCCAAACCGUCAUCUGACGAUGACUCGGACAAGGAGGAUGACAACGAAGUGAAAGACGAGACUAAUCCUCACCCCAAACGAGCCACCGGCGGCAUCGAAGCCCGCUCCUCCCUCCUCCCCGACACCGCCAUCUUCCGCCUGCACGGCUCCCUCCCGCUGCCCACGCGCCAAGCCUCCGUGCGCGCCUUCUCCGCCAUCAAGCCGUCCAAAUCCGAUGUUACCAACAAGAAGCCGCACGCGCCGUUCUCGGUGCUGCUCUGCACGUCCGUCGCGUCGCGCGGGCUCGACCUCCCGCUCGUGCGCGCGGUCGUGCAGUACGACCUGCCGACCGAGGGCGGCGCGACCGAGUACGUGCACCGUGUCGGCCGCACGGCGCGCGCGGGCAAGGGUGGGGAGGCGUGGAGCUUUGUCGCGCCGAGCGAGGUGGAGUGGGUAAAGUGGGUCGAGGGGAAGAUGCGCGGGGACCAGGUGUCCUCGGAAGGGGAGAAGGAUGCGGUGGGGUUGGAGGGGGUGGAGGUGGACGAGGUGUUGAAGAAGGGGUAUGGGGGGAAGGGGCGCGAGUAUGAGGCGCGGGCUACGGAGGUUCAGUUGGUGUUUGAACGAUGGGUGUUGCGUCGUAAAGAGAACGUCGAACUGGCUCGCAGAGCCUUCCUCUCCCAUAUGCGAGCUUACGCAACCCAUCCUUCGGACGAGAAGCAUAUCUUCCACAUCCGCCACCUACACAUUGGUCAUCUUGCAAAAUCGUUCGCCUUGCGGGAAGCCCCCAGCUCUGUCUCCGGCAAGAAGACAUCCAGCAAGUCCGCCAAGUCCAAGUCCAAGGGCAAAGGCGCGGCUCACAACAGCCCUCAUACCUCGAAGAGUCGCGCGGGCAAGGGCAGACCGCUGCCGGAUUCAAGUGACGAGAGUGACGAUGAGCCUGCUGCCGAGAGACGCAUGCGGGAGGCUGUCAGAGCACAGGGCCGGCUAAGUAAGAAGAAGGGUAUGCUUAUGAGCUCCGGUAUAUCCGAAUUCCAAGUCACUACCGGUUAUGAUCUUGAGAAAUUGGUACAGGGAGCCCCGUCAUGA